CUGUUGUGGUGGGUGGGCUGGUCAUUGGGCCGCGCCAGGUGACCCCAGUGAGUCAGCGCUGGGGCAGCGCGACCCUGUCGUGCGUGGCCUUUGACUCACGGGCAUCCUAGGCAUCUCGCCGGACCUGGCACGGGCAGUUUGCGAGCAGCAGUUCACUCAUUUCCGACCUCCCUACGUGCAAGAUCACAUGCCACUGCCGUCAUCCGGGAGCAUAUAUGCUGCCCACGGAGCCCAGUUCCGACCCGUAGGCACCCGAGCGCGCCGAGCGAGGCUGCGCGGACCCUUUAAGAGAGUUCGCGCCCCGGAGCGGGAGACGGGCGCCGUUCCAGGACGCGAGAUCUGCCCGCUCGCGAGGCCUCGCGAUGUUUGGCCCGGCCAAGGGCGGCCAUCUUGGAGUCGGCGCGGCGGCCGGUUUCCCCGGCGGCGCUGCGCUCCCUGCCGCGGGGACCAAGGCGGGCGCCGCUGGGGUCGCGCUCGGGGGUGGCCCGGCGGGCACCAUGUGGCGGCUCCGGUGCAAGGCCAAGGACGGGACCUAUGUCUUGCAGGGGCUGUCCAGCCGGACCCCUGUGCGCGAACUCCAGGGCCAGAUCGCCGCGGUCACCGGGAUCGCGCCGGGCGGCCAGCGGAUCCUCGCGGGCUACCCGCCCGAGUGCCUGGACCUCAGCGACGGGGACACCACGCUGGGGGACCUGCCCCUGCAGUCGGGAGACAUGCUGAUCGUUGAAGAAGACCAAACUAGGCCCCAAACUUCGUCCACAUUUGCAAAACAUGGUGCUCCUAGCCACAUCAGGGAACCCCUGCCCGUGCUGUGCAGGAUCUCGGUCCCGGCUGACAACUCCUGCCUCUUCACCAGUGUGUACUACGUCGUGGAAGGAGGGGUCUUGAACCCAGCCUGUGCUCCGGAGAUGAGGCGCCUCAUAGCACAAAUAGUAGCAAGUGAUCCAGACUUUUACAGUGAGGCAAUUCUGGGGAAAACAAACCAAGAAUACUGUGACUGGAUCAGAAGGGAUGAUACUUGGGGAGGAGCUAUUGAGAUAUCCAUUUUGUCUAAAUUUUACCAAUGUGAAAUAUGCGUAGUGGACACACAGACAGUCAGAAUUGAUCGUUUUGGGGAAGAUGCAGGCUAUUCCAAAAGAGUCCUGCUUAUUUACGAUGGCAUCCACUAUGACCCACUUCAGCGUAGCUUCCCUGACCCAGACACCCCUCCUCUGACCAUUUUCUCCUCCAAUGAUGAUAUUGUUCUGGUACAAGCACUGGAGUUAGCAGAUGAAGCUCGAAGAAAGAGACAGUUUACUGAUGUGAACCGCUUCACUCUGCGGUGCAUGGUGUGUCAGAAGGGAUUGACUGGACAAGCUGAAGCCAGGGAGCAUGCCAAGGAGACUGGCCACACCAGUUUUGGGGAAGUGUGACCUCUGCCCUCUGAGGGUUGAAGCCUGCUACCUCAGACCCAGAGGCUCUGGGUUCUUAAUAAGCUACUUGUGUUCCUAAAGAACAAAGGACAGGAUGCUUGAACCAACCUUAUUAAAGCCACUAAGACACUGACAUUCCUUGUUAAUAUUAAAAAUUAGUGUGCAAGUUUACAGAUGUGUCUACAGUGGUGAUACAUGCCCAAUUUCUGCUGGAGUGAUGGAAUAGGUGGUCUGUGCUACGUGCUACACUGUCCAGAAGAUUGCAUGUUAGUGUUAGAGACUAGCAGCUGGCAGCAUUCACUUGUGGAAGAAAACAGCUUCACAUUGUGAGUAAUGUGGACUGCCUCAGGUGAGGCUACUGGACAUAAAUGGCCGUGUCUGCAGUCAUUGGGUCCUUAAAAAAAAACUUGUUAAUAAUUUCUAAAUUAUGAAUUGAUUCUUCAAAUGGAGAUAAUCAGAAUCAUCAAACCUGAUUUUGUAUUGCCACUUGGUAGACUUUGUAAAUGUACUUUAGUUCUAAGUACACGUGAAGCAGUUUUUACAGGGAUGAGUCUUUUCCUUGGAAAAGGAAUUACUAAAAACAGGAGCUCAUAGUGCCUGAUUUAGGGUUUCUUGUGUACAAGAGUAGAAUAAAUGAGGGAAAAUGUGCCUGAGUAGCUUACUGAAGCUUUAAAAGAAUGUUGGCCUCAUGUAUGAAUGUGAUUCAUUUAUUAAUCUCGUAUUUGGAUGAAAUUCUAAAAGGGUGUGUUUUUUUUUUUUUCAAAUUGAGCUUCCCAAAUUUGAGUGCUUGAUUUUUCUUUUUUAAUGUACAAAUUUUCAUGGAUGGAUUUAAUUUAAUCCUUGCCUUAUUGAGCUUUCUCAGAAUUUGGCUUCUUCCUGAUAAGUAGAUGCUUAGCCCUCUGCUGGGGUGGGGGGGGGCUAUGCCAUGGGCGUGCCCUCUGGGAGUCUCUUCACUAGGAGAUCGUUCAGAUAGAAGUUUUCUACCUCUUAAUUCUUCUGAAGACCAGGGAUGCUAGAUUUGUAAUUUGUCAUGUGAGAAGAUUUGAUGUGGUGAAGUUUUAUUAUGAUCUCAUUUUUGUUCAAAUGUCACUUAGGAAACCAGUGGGAUACUUUCAGCAUAUCUUGGCAGGUAUUUUGAAAUUGAUGUUUGCUUUUGAUGCUGUCUUGAAGGCAGCCCUGUAAAGUCAAAGAACAUGUAAGUAACUUAGGGGUAAAGUACCUUAAUGAACAAAUCACAAAGCGUGCUUGAAACUGUUAGGUGACAUUAGUGUGCAUAGCCAUUUUACGCAACUUGAGGUGUUAUGAUGGAUAUAACUUGAAAGUGUUUGAUUUUCUAUGUUCUGAGCCUUAAAAUAGCCCUUGUGAGUUGUUAAUACUCAAAUGUUUGGCAAUCACAGUAUGUACAAAUGAAUAUUAUUGAAAAUCUCUUUAUACUAUCUGAUGUCUAGCUUAAGUGGUUUGUGCAUCGUUAUUUCCCCCAGCAAAUAUUGUAUUUAGAAUCAUGCAUUAGAAAUCCUACCACUGGGUAACAUCUGACAAGUUGUUUUUUUAGGUGCUUGAGCCAAACCUGAUACUUGCUUUCUGAAAUUUUGAAAAAGUCUUAUUCACACAACAUAUAUAUUAAGUCAUUUAUAAUGUACCAGGCAUGCAUUGGUUUACUUCCCAGCAGAAAUUCUUGUAACUUUAAAGUUGAGUAUAUUUUAUCUGUAUUAGAUUAAUUCUAACAUAUAGAACUAGAAUAGGAUUCUGUCAUUUUAAUUGUUUUUUGUUGGCAUAUUUAAGAUUAUACUUUUAUAGCAAAUGUGAAGUAUUUAUUCACGGGUUCUUAUUUUAUUCUCUGUGCCCUAUUACCUAGGUUGUCCGUAUACCAGUUGGUCACCAAUAUAUUCAAGUCAAAUGACUUUUUAAAUUGAUCCAACUACUGAGAACAUUAAUUCUUUAAAUCAUGUUCUAAUCGUGUAAAAUUGAAGAAGAAGCUGUAUUUGCGGAUUUAAUAAGUUAAAAAUCUGAGUUUGUGCUCAUCUUAAACUCAAGCCUAUAGUCACACAGAAUGUAAGGACAUUUUAAAAAUAGCAAUAUACAAGACUUGGUAUAUAAGAAACUUUUAGGUUUGCUCUUAAACAGAAUGAAACACAUCAGUUCCUGUGCCAUGUUUGACCACCACAGAGAAAAUUUGUUUCAAUGGUGGUUGUGCUUUUCCCGUUUCUCCCUCCUUUCUCUUACUUUUCUUUGGAUUUAUUGACUGGGAGAAGGGCUUUGAAGUCUAACAGGAUUUCACAAGUUAAGAUCAGUGUGUCCAGGGAAUUUUGUAACUUAGUGACUGGGAUGCAUCAUCUGCUAACAGGUCAUAACUGAUUUCUGUUUACUAUGAGCAAAAAACAGGCCCCAUGAAGUGGUCUUCCCUUGAAAGUUAGAUUGUUGAGCUUGGCAAAAGUUGGCAGAAGUUAAUAGUCAUGCCAUUUCCCAAAGCUCUAGACCCAGGAAAAUCAUGCUGAGGAAUGAAUGAGUAUCUGCCCAUACCCUGAGUGCCCAUAUCUAAGAUGCUUAUUGAAUUUAUUCUGUUUGGGCAUUAGGAUGAAAUUAAUUUCACGUUGCCCCAGGUUGACCUAGUUUCACUGUGUCUUUAGUGAGAACUUCAAAAUGGGGAGUACAAUAGAAUGAUCUUUUUAUUAAAUUAGGUUGAUUGUAACAUAUUAGAACUCAUGUUACUUCAUGUGUUGACACGUUAUUUUGCAGCACUUUAAAAGAGGUAAAAGUUUACAUGUAUGUCCUCUCCAGGGAUCUUGUUACAGACUUAAAAUAUAUUAAAUGGAAUUCCUUGAGCCUCUAAUGAUGUGUUCUUGGUCAGUUGCCUCAUCAGUGUGUAUUGUAACCAGUGGAACAGUGUUCUAGUGUUUUGAUAAGGUGGAGUUCAGCUUCAAUGGCUAUUGAGCUCUGAUGUUCAGAAUGUUACUUUUCCUGUAAUGUGAUUGUUUUUAUCAUUCAGGUAAUAAAGUAUUCAUAUUUUCCCCUGUAUCCCAGAAAUGACUAUAACACUCUGAGUGUUAUAUAUUAAGCUGAGUCUUAAUACUCUGUUUGCUUCUUGAGAAACUGAACUGUAAGGGAGAUGAAAUUUGAGUCAGGCUAUAACAGUGUCAUUUAUAAGCAGCAUUUUUUGUCACAGUUGAUGUGAAUAUACAAGCUUAUUAUACUAAUUUAAAUGUUUUCCAUUAAGAAUUAGAAUGUGUUAGCAUAUUUUGUCCAGCUUAAAAAAGUCCCCCUGAUUGUGAACAAAUGGUUUGUUUGCUUUGUUUUCCAGCUUCAGAAAAUAGCUGUCAUAGUUGAUUGAAGGAGUGGUUAUAUAGGUGCUGAAUAUGCUGAUAUAGGCCUUGGUACAUGUGAAUUUAAGAGAUUGCUAGACCACACUGUUUUAUUAGAAAUGGAGAGAACUAGGACACCUGGACAUGCUCCUCCCUGUGACUUAUGCUCUGGAGCAUUUCCCAAGUAAUGUCAUUGCCACAGCGUACCUCCCCUAUUUCUCAGCACAGAAUGUAGCAGGACAGUGAGAGAGAAGCUUGACGUUAAAGUCUAAAAUCAUGAUUAUAAGCAUUUUUCUUAUAAUGCCUGAUAACUUUUUAUACCUGUUUUUAAAAAUACAAUUCUGCAUUAGGAGCUAAUAAUUAUAAAGUUGUCUAAGUUGUAGGUCAACAGAAAGGUUCACUUAAGAACAAUGUACAAUUUUUAUGACAAUUACUAUAGCUUAACUUUGAGUGGAUGUCCAAGUGUUCAGUCAGUUGUUGCCCUCACAUUGCUUCCAGGGACCAGUACACCUCAUUCCUAUCAAUUCCCCCUGCAUCCAGGUGCCAUUCAGGACUCACUUUACAGGAGAUAGGAUUUUCUGGCAAAGAGUAACUACUUUCAUUUAAAGAGUUAACUGAAUUCAGCUUAAGAUACACAGUGACUAUAGCUGUCAAGAGCUGGAGAAGGACACUUCCUUCAUUUCCCAUGUUAGUGCAGUAUUGCUGGAGGUUCCUGAAGCAAGAACGAAACCACAAAACUGAGGUUUAAAUCUCUAGGACAUGACUUGAAAAAAUUAGGGAACAACAGCAACAAAAAAUAUUCUUUUACUUGGUAUAAGCAAAAUAAGUUUCAGUGAUGAAGACAGUAUGUGUUCUCUUACAUAAUGGUCUUUCAUUUGUCAGCAAUUUUCGAAGUUGAUGCACUGCUCUUCCCUGGGAGAUACCUGAUUUUUUUUCCAGCUCCGGUGUGAUUUUGCCACUCACUAAGAAUUGUUGGUUUUAUUUAUGAAAUAUAUGUGAUACAUAUGUAUAUGUGCAUAUACAUAUAUGUUUAUGAAUUGAAAUGCUGUAUGAAGUGACUGGAAGAAAUAAAUGAAGUAAAAAUGUUA